CCUUUGCAGGGUUUGCUGCAGUGUGCCAGCACCAUCUGGGAGAGAGCAGGAGAGAGAGAGAGAGAUUAAAUAAAGAUUGAUUGGCUUGAAAUUCUAACGUGGGUGUGGAGGGGGGGGGGGGUCCCCCUUCUUGCCAGUAACCCAACAUCCUUUUUUUUCUUUUUUUGAUUUCCUUUUUUUAGAGUUACACUUUAUACGUGCUGACCUCCAUUUUGAGCCUUGUUAUAAAUCAGUGUUCUAAUUUCUUCUCUACCUGGAGUGGAGCAUCACUACAUGACUGCAUGUAACAAGAUAUGUCUUUGCUCUGAGGAUGGCAUGGCUAUGGGUGCAGGGGGAGAGGAAUAGUGACCCCUAUGCCAGAGUUUUAGGAUGGCCAGUGAAGGCUCCAGCAUCCCCAGUCCUGUGGUGCGCCAGAUUGACAAGCAGUUCCUGAUCUGCAGUAUAUGCUUGGAUCGCUACAAGAACCCCAAGGUGCUUCCUUGCCUGCACACCUUCUGUGAAAGGUGCCUACAAAACUACAUUCCUGCGCACAGCCUGACUCUUUCGUGCCCGGUGUGCCGACAGACGUCCAUUCUGCCAGAGAAGGGAGUCUCCGCACUGCAGAACAACUUCUUCAUCACUAACUUGAUGGACGUCCUGCAGAGGUCACCAGACAGCAGCAGCGAGGCCUGCACUGUGCUGGAGACCGUCACCGCUGUCGCCACCGGCAAACCCCUGUCCUGCCCAAACCAUGGAGGCAAUGUGAUGGAGUUCUACUGUCCUUCAUGUGAGACAGCCAUGUGCCAGGACUGCACUGUGGGAGAGCACGCUGAGCACCCCACUGUCCCGCUCAAAGACGUGGUGGAGCAGCACAAGGCUUCCCUGCAAGACCAGCUGGAUGCCGUCAAGAACAGGCUGCCUGAGAUUGACUCAGCCCUGCAGGUCAUGUCGGAAAUCUUACAGCAGCUUACCAAUCAAAAGUCCUGCAUUGAAGAAGAUAUUCACUCCACCUUCGAUGAAUUGCAGAAGACACUUAAUGUGCGCAAAAGUGUGCUGCUCAUGGAGCUGGAGGUCACAUAUGGACUCAAACAGAAAGUUCUCCAGGCCCAGCUGGACGACCUUCUGCAGGGGCAGGAAGGGAUCAAGAGCAGCUGUAACUUCACUGAGCAGGCUCUGAGCCACGGCACGGAGGCCGAGGUGCUGCUGGUGAAGAAACAGAUGAGCGAGCGGCUGACCGAGCUGGCCAGCCAGGACUACCCGCUGCAGCCCGAGGAGAAUGACCAGCUGGACUUCAUCAUCGAGACGGACGGCCUGAAGAAGUCUAUUCACAACCUGGGCACCAUCAUCACCACAAACGCAGUGGCCUACGAGACAGUGGCCACGGGGGAGGGGCUGCGGCAGUGCGUAGUGGGCCACCCCACCUCGGUCACCAUCACCACCAAGGACAAGGACGGGGAGCUGUGCAAGACAGGCAACGCCACCCUCACUGCUGAGAUCUCCACCCCUGACGGCAGCGUUGCAGAUGGCGAGAUUCUGGACAAUAAGAAUGGCACGUAUGACUUCCUGUACACCGUUCAGAAAGAGGGCGACUUCACCCUCUCCCUUAGACUCUAUGAUCAGCAUAUCAAAGGCAGCCCUUUCAAGCUGAAGGUGGCCAAGACAGCUGAUGUGUCUCCGACCACGGAGGGCGCGAAGAAGCGCGUGAAGUCCCCUGGCAGUGGGCAUGUCAAGCAGAAGGCUGUGAAGAGACCGGCCAGCAUGUACAGCACUGGGAAACGGAAAGAGAAUCCCAUCGAGGACGAUCUGAUUUUCAGAAUUGGUACCAAGGGAAGAAACAAAGGAGAGUUCACAAAUCUUCAGGGGGUGGCAGCAUCUUCUGUCGGCAAGAUUUUGAUAGCAGACAGCAACAAUCAAUGUGUACAGAUCUUCUCAAACGAUGGUCAAUUUAAAAUCCGGUUUGGUGUGCGUGGAAGGUCUCCUGGACAGCUGCAGCGCCCCACAGGUGUGGCUGUCCACCCCAAUGGGGACAUCAUCAUUGCUGACUAUGAUAACAAGUGGGUCAGCAUCUUCUCUUGCGACGGGAAAUUCAAGACAAAGAUUGGGUCGGGCAAACUAAUGGGGCCGAAAGGGGUGUCAGUGGAUCGAAAUGGUCACAUCAUCGUGGUGGACAACAAGGCCUGCUGCGUCUUCAUCUUUCAGCCCAAUGGGAAGCUGGUGACAAAGUUUGGUAGCCGUGGAAACGGGGACAAGCAGUUUGCAGGUACACUUGAUGGCCCCCACUUUGCUGCUGUAAACAAUAACAAUGAAAUAAUUGUUACAGAUUUCCAUAACCACUCUGUGAAGGUUUUUAACCAAGAGGGGGAAUUCCUAUUGAAAUUUGGGUCCAAUGGAGAAGGCAAUGGGCAAUUUAAUGCACCAACAGGAGUGGCAGUAGAUAUCAAUGGCAAUAUCAUUGUAGCAGACUGGGGCAAUAGCCGGAUACAGGUGUUUGAUGGCAGUGGCUCUUUCCUGUCCUACAUAAACACCUCAGCGGAUCCUCUGUAUGGCCCGCAAGGCCUGGCACUCACCUCCGAUGGCCAUGUUGUUGUAGCAGAUUCUGGAAACCACUGCUUUAAAGUCUACCGCUACUUACAGUGACUUAAAGCUUGCAUCGCGUACCACAUCACCCGCCAAGAAAGCUGGAGACAUACUUACAACUCAAGAUUGCCAGUUCUUCUGGACACUAAAGUCAUCAACCGCUUCCUAUUCUUGUGGCCUCACUUUUUAUCCAUUUCUCAUUAGAAAUCACAGAACUCCUCACCUUGGUGGUUUCUAUUGUGAAUAUUUUCCAUUUUGUCCAUUCUGAGCAUUAAAGGAGUAAAGCGCCAUAUGCGUGCCAAGUAAUGAACUUGAACUUGUAGACUAUAUUAAUACAUUAACACCAUAUUUUAGUUACAAUGACUUGUAUAGUAGUAUAAUCUAUUGCAGUAGCUGAUUUCCUGUUCUUCUGAAUGCCCUUAUGCUCCUGUGAUGCAAUGCUUUUUUAAUGGUUCUCCUUAAGAAAAAAAGGUAAUGCUACAUGCCUGCUGUUAUAUUUGUAACUAUUUAAUUGAUGGCCAGUCAAUGUGUUUGUCUUUCAGUUUAAAAUGUAACGCUAUGAAUCUGAAAAUGAAAAGCAUACCACUGUAACCUUAACGUACUGGUGAAUGAUGAUGCUGUACAUAAAGUAUGUAGGAAGUAAGGAUGUGGGAUGUUUGAAAGUAUGGCAGGUUUAAAGAUUUUAGAAAAUUAAAGGCAAUAUUUGUCUCUGAUAUUUUGUCCAAAAAAUCUGGAUCAGAUUAAGAGUUUUAUUUUGUGCUACUAUGCUUUGAGGAGUGUUUUGUAUGUGGCAAAGAACAAAAGCUCACCUUUUUAAACUCUCCGCUUGAUUUUAAAAGGUCUUCAAACUUAUGUAAGAGCAAUGCAACCGUAGAUGCAUUUUUUUCUUGUACAUAAUGGUCUUAAAGCUUUUUGAACAAACUACAAUGCAUUAGGAGAACAGUCUGCUAGGUUAUGGCCUUACCAGUAAUUUUUUCAUCUUUUUCAUUCCUCUCUUUCUUGUAUGGUAAUACUGAUGUUUACACCACUCAAUGUCCAAGGUCCCCGGCACUGAACGGUACACACAAACAAGCAGUUAUUUCUUUAAAAGUGGCAAGAAAGAUAUAGUGCUAAAGGUAUGUUUUUGAUUGGCAGCCUAUUGGAUAUACAUCCCUAUUAUCAUGUAUCCCCUGUGCAUCAAUAGCAUGUUUUCACAAGAUUUUUAUUUGGACAAUUUUGACACAGAAUAAAUAUUUGCAACUGUGCUUUCUUAAAAUACAAACCCUGCAAUCUUAAACAUAUUAAGACAAAUUAGUGUUUCUUUGGAAAAUUGUCCAAAGCUGUGCCAUUGGAAAAGGAUUAAUUAUUAAAUAUACCAAUAAAGUUUGUUCAGAAAAUCACAGGUUUGGAGUAGUCCCAAAAGAUAAGACCUCACACGUCAUCUCUAAGACGUUUUACGCUUCUGGAUAGUCUGUAGUUUUCCUUCCAUGUGGCUGUCCCUGUUCUUACUCAAUAAGCCCCAGGUAGAAUAUGAAGCAGUGGUGUAUCCCUCUGUGGAAAUAGUAGAAUGUAACAAUUGCAAACUAUGCUUUGAUUUUAUUGUCAGCAAUUGGAAACAUGACAAUAGUUAUAUCUGACAAUAUACAGAGAGUAGAGGUUACUCUAUUGAUAUAGAUGUGUGGGUCAGAUAUGAACCUACUGUCUUUGUGUCUUUAACAAUGUGAGACUGACAAGCCUGGCUGCUAUCUUUUACUUUGCUGCAGUGGUAUUUCACAUUAUUAAUACAAUCGGCCAGGUUCAGAUACCGUAUAGUCCUUCUUUUAUUUCUUUGUGUAGUUGUUUCUCUUUAUUUCCCUGUUUAUUUUUUUUCAUUUCCAUGCGAUGUGUUUGUGAUGCCAAAACAGAAAACAAAGUGCCCAUAUGAUGUUUUGUUCUAUAUGUAUUAAUGACAGUAGCAAUGCCAUUGUAAUGUGGUUUUUUAUAUAAAGAUAUGAACUUUGUGCUUUGUAAAUUUUACCGGUGGUGUAAAUUUUGGAAAUGUCUGUAAAUCAGUUUGUAUAAUACAGGGGUUCAAAAUAAAAUGGCUCAGAAUGUAGAGCACUAAGUGGUCUGUAAAAAAAAGCCUUAAAACGCUUUUGUUUAACCCAUUUCACUAAGAGACCAGUUUAUGACCAACAGGAAAGAAAUUUACCAACAACCUGCAGUGAUUUCCACCUUCACUAAAUAUACACAAUAUCCUGAGCCCGUAAUGUGCUUGCAGUGGGUGUAAACAUUUAUUUUAUUUUUUUAAACAUUCCUUAAUUUAAUCAUGUUUAUGUACAGCACAGAAAUAAAGUAUUGCAUUCUUUGAAAACCA